AUGACAUCUACACACUCUAACGUUUCUUCCACGAAAACACGUUCUUCAGUCACAGCAUCAAACAAUUCAAAGCUUCUCAGCCUAUAUGAACAACGAAGGGGAACAUCAUACUUCAUUCCUGAAGGAUUCGAACCGGUUUUGAUUCCAACAAAUGGCACACAGCAACCACCAGCUAACCUCCUCUUAGCCAAUAAAAGUAAAAAAACUGGUAAUAGCCGUAAUAGCAGCAGCAGUAAUAAUGGUAGUAAUUCCGCAUCCUCUAACAAUAAUACAACAAUGAUAAAUGCUACACCGGUGGCGUCGUCUAACGUUGGUCUUUCAAACAACGUCGACUUAAAAUUUCCUUCUUUAGUGCUUACCCAAGCGAAGGGACCAGCCCCGCGGGGCGGGUCGGUCUCCAAAGCUAAUAAGCCAAAGAAACCGCCGAGACCUCCGAAUGCUUUUAUCUUAUACCGACGAUCAAAGCAACAAUCAAUUGUUGCCGCUAACGAAGGAAUAACGAAUAAUGAAGUAUCAAAACAGGUCGGUGAAAUGUGGCACAAAGCUUCCGCUGAUGAGAAAUCACAUUUUCAACAAUUGGCAGACGCUGCAAAAAUGGAACACAUGCAAAAAUAUCCCGAGUAUAAAUAUCGACCAAGACGACCUCACGAAAAACGACGAAGAACGAAACGUCCUUCCGCCGCUUCUCUCAACUCUACGUCAACAUCAACGAAAGAUACCACACAAUCGUCAGACGAUGUAGUAACAACAAUAUCAUCGCCAUUCACGAAUGAUAAUAUUGAUAUUGGCGUUGACAAUUCCAUUCACGAAAUGCUCUUUAAUGACAUGCAGCGCCGCCCAUCAAUAGAAUCCGUAAGUAGCAUGGAGGAUUCCACUCAAUUUGAUUAUGCAUUUGAUGAUGAUUUCUCUCGCCGAAGUUCUAUCGCUUCCACUAUCAUCGAUAAUGAAAUGCCCGUAAUGUUCGAUAUGACAGCGUCCUCGCCGCUCACUUUAUCACCAUCGCUAGAAUCUGCUCAGGUGGCAGUUUCUCCGGUUGGCGGCGAUAUGAAUGAUCAAGUUUUUUUCGAGACAACGUUCGACCCAUAUACUCUAUCAUCCAAUUUGAUGAUGGACGUCGCAGCUACUCCAAAUAGUUCAGAGUCAGAAAUGAUUCCAUUCAAUUUCCUCGAUAUGACUCCCACAUACCUGAACACUUCAUCAGCGUUUGGUGACGAAUCUUUUGAUUAUAUUAAUUUUGAGACAUUUGCUGCUGCACUAAUGACACCCAAUGAACAACAGCUCAUGUGCGAACAGCCAUGA